GACAAGGAGGAGCUGGAGGAAAUGCACACAAGAGAUAUGGAUUACAGGUAUCCCAGCACUGCGACAUUUCCCUUAUCUGGGCCGCCCUAACAGGAACUUACCAGUGAGCCGGAAGACACAGGGAGGAGUAGCUCAGAGGAAGAGGAUUCCUUAGAGAAGCUGAGGAGAAGACAAGAGACAGCAGAUCCAGAAGCAAGACCACACGUUCACGCCAUCAUCCCAACACUGAGAGAGAAGAAACAAUGGACGUAUCUGUUCAGCAGCCACUUCUCUACAUCAUCCUGACUGGCAUCUUGAUGAUCCUGAGCGUCAUGAUGGUGAUCACCUGCCUGCUAGUGCACCACAAGAAGCAACUCAGGCGCCUCAACAAGGAAGUGAAACAGAGCCACGUACACCAUCGCCAGAGCACUCACCACAUAUCCCUUGGUGGUGACAAGGAUGACGGCUAUGUGAUUCCCACGUCUGUGUCUCACUCAACCAUUGGUAAGAAGCCUCAGCCCAAGCCAAUCUUCCAUCACAAACCUCCCUACAUGAUUAAAGGCAGAACUUACGCGAACACUGAGCAAUCAGAGUCUGAUCAUUCUUAUGAGUCCCUGAAUCACAUCAUGCACUAAAGCCUGCACUACUAAAUGUUCAAGUGUAUUGUCUUGGCUAUUUUGAAACGGCAUUAGUGGAUGUUGAAGUUUUUAUGGUUUACUGGGUGUUAUCUGCGCAGUAGUUCAAGAAGUUCUGAUGGAAGUUGCUAGGGUUUUUAAAGGUGUUUUGAUGAUUCUUAAGGUAGUUAAAAGAGUUCUGAUGGAAGAUACUAGGGUUUUCAAAGCUGUUUCCAUGAUUUUUAAGGUUAUUUAAAGGAUUCUGAUGGAAGUUAUUAGGGUUUUUAAAGGUGUUUUCAUGAUUCUAAAGGUAGUUUAAUGAGUUGCUCUGAAAGCUAGUAGAGUUUUUAAGCAUGCUUUUGUGAUUCCAGUGAUAGGAGAUGCAAAUUAUAAUCACUGUGGUCUUCAAGGGUGUUUCUGUGAUUUUACUGAUAAUAUAAGAGGCUCUUGUAGAAGCCACUCAGAUCUCCAAGUGUUUCAUUGAUCUGAGUGACAGUUUAUUCCUUCUAUUGGUUUAUUGUUUGUUUAUUUAGGACUGAUUCAAUCUCCUCUUUACUUUACUACGUGUUAAUCUUUAGGCAGAAUGUGUCACAUCCAACAGAAAUGCAACGCAGUGAUUAACCCCGUUCACUACCAGGACAUGUUUUCAUAUUCGUUCUGCUUACUAUUUGAUGAUUUUUUAGCUUCAGAAACUCAUGUGGGGGGGAUUACUUUUCUGACCUCCAUAGAUCCUUCCUAAAGUCAAUAAAAUAAUCUAAUGACAUCCAAAACUCAAGGUAAAAAAUGCAUCCCAGUACUGAAGGGGUUAACCUCUCAAUGAAUAAUAUGUCUGUGUAAUUCUCUUGUUUUUACUUCUAUCUGGAAUAAACAAACUAAUUAAUAAACAAAUAUACAUCUUU